AUGGCGGUCUGGGCGCAGCUGGCCUUGCUGCUUGUCAGCAUAGUCAUAUCGGCGGUGAGAGGGUCGGUGGAAAAGGAGUUGACACCGGAGUGCAAAGCAUUUUUCUAUAUGGGGACCCCACCGUCAGGGCUGGAGUACCACAACCUCCAGAUCAUCUGCCAGCGUUACAACAACAAGCCACGUUAUGUGACGGUGUACGACUCGGGGGUGCACGUCCCUGUCUACUCUGCCUACACCUUUAAACGUUCAGACGGGGAGAAGCGGAUGGAUGUGCCCUGGAUGUAUGAGCCCCAGCUAUCGACAUCCUCCGACACGGGGGAGAUGCAGCCAUUCCCACUGGGCUACACACACAUGAAUUUCGAGGACACCCAGGCCGUCCUAGAGGACUACGCGAACGCCGUCAUCUACGAGCGCGGCGCCCUCAACCCCGACGAACACCAGGCCGACCCUGACGACAAGGCCUCCACCUACACCCUGACCAAUAUUGUGCCUCAGGUCCGUGAAUUCAGCACCGGGGCCUGGAGGAAACAGCUGAAUAUCAUUCGCAAGCGGCUCAACAAUUACUGCCGCGGAACGGCCUACGUGGUCACAGGUAUCACCACCUCCGGGAGGAUGAUACGCCGGCAAAACGCCAACCGCGUAGCGGUGCCCAACUACAUGUGGUCGGCGUACUGUUGCAUUAACUACGACCGCAAUGCGCCUUACGACGAGCGCUACAAGUUCCCGGCCUACGCCCACUAUGGCGUCAACGAGAAGGAGGGCAACCAGGUGCUGGAAAUCUCCAUCAAGAAGCUGGAGGAGUUUCUCAAGAAGUCGACGUUCGUGGACAAGAAUUUUCAGGUCUUUGUGGAUGAUUGUGUCCCGCCUUAUUCUAAUUAA